CCGGGAAGGAGCGGAUAAGCUCCCCGCACCCGCACACAACCGCGCCACUGUCGCGGCUUCGCCAUGGCCUCUACCACCACCACCGCCACCACCCUCCACCCACAAUUCCGGCCGCCGUCGCACCAGCGCGCACCCCGCCGGAUCCGUGCUUAUCCUCUCAGCCCCCGCUUCACCAUCCGCGCCACUGCGGCGUCCACGUCAGCUCCGGCGCAACGCGAGGCCGAGGCGGGUGUCCCAUGGGGUUGCGAGAUCGAGUCCCUGGAGAGCGCGGCAUCGCUGGAGCGGUGGCUCACCGCUUCUGGACUCCCCGAGCAGCGCCUGGCCCUCGAGAAGGUGGACAUCGGCGAGCGCGGCCUCGUUGCCCUCAAGAACGUCCGCAAUGGAGAGAAGCUGCUCUUCGUGCCCCCGUCCCUCGUCAUCACUGCCGAUUCGGAAUGGACGAACCGCGAGGUGGGGGAGGUGAUGAAGAGGUACUCGGUGCCAGACUGGCCACUUCUCGCGACCUACCUUAUAAGCGAAGCCAGUCUGGAGGGUUCGUCGAGGUGGAGCAGCUACAUCGACGCAUUGCCCAGGCAGCCUUACUCGCUUCUGUACUGGACUCGUACAGAGAUAGAUGCAUACCUUGUGGCUUGUCCGAUCAGAGAGCGGGCAAUUUCAAGGAUCGGUGAUGUGAUUGGGACAUACAAUGACCUUCGAGAUCGAAUAUUUUCUAAAUAUCCAGAUUUGUUCCCCGAGGAGGUGUAUAACAUGGAGACUUUUAGAUGGUCCUUCGGCAUUCUUUUCUCACGUCUGGUUCGUUUAGAAUCAAUGGAUGGAAGAGUUGCACUAGUUCCUUGGGCAGAUAUGCUUAACCACAGCCCUGAGGUAGAUGCAUUCUUGGAUUAUGAUAAGUCAUCACAAGGAAUAGUCUUCACUACUGACCGUUCAUAUCAACCAGGUGAGCAGGUGUUUAUAUCCUAUGGUAAGAAAUCCAGUGGCGAGCUAUUGCUUUCAUACGGUUUUGUCCCAAAAGAGGGAACAAACCCAAAUGAUUCAGUUGAGUUCUUGGUGUCUCUUAAUAAGUCUGAUGAGUGCUACAAAGAGAAAUUACAAGCACUAAAGAGGCAUGGUUUGUCAGAGUCCGAAAGUUUUCCCUUGAGAGUCACAGGUUGGCCGGUUGAGCUGAUGGCUUAUGCCUUCCUCGUGGUCAGCCCUCCUGAAAUGAUUCAACGCUUUGAUGAGAUGGCUGUUGCCGCAUCCAACAAAGGUUCGUCCAAACCUGCAGUUCAGUACCCUGAGCUGGACGAGGAUGCUCUUCAGUUUAUCUUGGACUGCUGUGAAUCGAGUAUAAAAAAGUAUACUAAAUAUUUAGAGGGCGCCAAGGGUUCUGCAGAAGUUUCCAUCAAUUCAAAGCAAGCCACCAGGACCUUGCUACUGAAACAGCUAGCAAGAGAUCUGUGCAUCAGUGAACGGAGGAUCCUGUAUCGUUCACAAUAUAUACUGCGUAGGAGAUUGAGGGACAUGAGGGCCGGCGGUGAGCUUAAAGCUCUGUCACUAUUCAACGGGCUCAGAAAUCUCUUCAAGUAAACUGAUGGACUAUAUGUUCUGUUCCCUGAAUGCUUUAGAGAGCAAUGCUUGGUUUCUCUAGUGACUUGUUCCAGUUCCACCUCCUGUUGUUGGUGAGCCGAGGUGUUUGCCUGCCAAAGGCAUAUUGCUAUAUCAGUAUAUAAGGCUAAAAUCUUCACGAGAGCUGCAACCUGAAGACUGGAAAAGCCUUCCAUACAAUCUGUUGCGAGUUAGCCCAGAGCUUUGGAUACAUGCAUGUAAUCUAGCGUGCUGCCACACAUGUGUUCUUCUUGAGCAUCUCGAUUUGUCUAUAAGGCGACUAUGUACUACACACAUUUCUUCUAUACGAUUAGGGUGUGACCCGA